UGCCCGCCUCGCCCGGCAGCAGCCACCGCGGGGCGCAGCGGAGACCCCUGGCCCGGCGGCCUGUGGGGACCUUAAGAGGCGGCAUGAGCAGCGCACCGUGGAGCUGACGCCGCGCCCCCUGCCCGGCCCAUGUCCUUCGCCAUGCUGCGUUCGGCGCCGCCGCCGGGUCGCUACCUGUACCCUGAGGUGAGCCCGCUGUCGGAGGAUGAGGACCACGGAAGCGAGAGCUCGGGCUCCGACGAAAAACCCUGCCGUGUGCAUGCUGCGCGCUGCGGCCUCCAGGGCGCCCGGCGGCGGGCAGGAGGACGGAGAGCCGCGGGUAGCGGGCCAGGACCCGGGGGGCGGCCAGGCCGCGAGCCCCGGCAGCGGCACACCGCGAAUGCGCGCGAGCGGGACCGCACCAACAGCGUGAACACGGCCUUCACCGCGCUGCGCACACUCAUCCCCACCGAGCCUGCGGAUCGCAAGCUCUCCAAGAUUGAGACGCUGCGCCUGGCCUCCAGCUACAUUUCUCACCUGGGCAACGUGCUGCUGGUGGGUGAGGCCUGCGGAGACGGGCAACCAUGCCACUCGGGACCCGCUUUCUUCCACAGCAGUCGUGCGGGCAGCCCACUGCCACCGCCGCCGCCGCCACCACCACUGGCCAGAGACGGCGAGAACACCCAGCCCAAACAGAUCUGCACCUUCUGCCUCAGCAACCAGAGAAAGUUGAGCAAAGACCGUGACAGAAAGACGGCGAUUCGAAGUUAGAAGGAGGAGGGCCCACGGCAGCCAAGAGGUGAUGCCACUAGUGAAGGCGGAAGCCACUGAAGAGUCCCGGAGAGCCCCGCCUUGGACCUGAUCUGAGCACAGGUCCCCAAGAGCACGCUCACCAGGCCAGACCUGCCCCAGCUAUGAGCAGGGCCUAUGGACAGAGAGAUGGACAGGAGGGCUUUGGCUUGACUCUAAGUAGCCAAACGCUUACCCAGGCCCACUGGAACUUUCCAUGCUGGCUCUCUACCUGGGCCAAGUGUUGGCAUCUUGUGUCUUUAAUAUGAUAAUAUAAAGUCUGGAAAUUUUGUAUAAUUAAAA